AUGAAUGAAAACCAUGCGCGCCUCUCCCCCGCGCUGGUCGAGACCAUCGCCGGCCUCACCGCCGGCACGAUAUCCACCCUCACCGUCCACCCCCUGGACGUGAUCAAGACGCGUCUCCAAAGUAAGCCUCCCCCUCCCCCCAGCUCCCAGCUCCCAACGAACCUAGCUGACCCCCUCCGAGUCCACCGCAGCAGUGCCUCCCCAACGCCCAUCAGCGGCCUCGGGAUCCUCAAGUCCCUCCUCUCCAGCGAUCGUCCCAUCCAGAGCCUAUACCGAGGCCUAGCGCCCAACCUACUCGGCAACGCCAGCAGCUGGGCCAUCUUCUUCUACAUCAAGAGCAUCGUCGAGGGGCAGCUCCUCCAAUUCCACCGCCGCCACCCGGGAUCUCAACAGCAGCACGAUGAUGGUGGUGGUGGUCUCUCGCCCGCCGACUACUUCAUCGCUUCAGGCAUCUCCGGGACGGCCAUCACGCUGGCGACCAACCCGCUCUGGGUCUUGAAGACGCGCAUGCUGAGCAGCGACGCCUCGGCCGCCGGCGCCUAUCCCAGCACAUGGCAGGGCGCACGGCGCGUGUGGGCGGCCGAGGGACCGCGCGGGUUCUAUCGCGGGGCGGGCAUCAGCCUGCUGGGGAACAGCCACGGCGCGGUGCAGUUCGCCGUGUACGAGCCGCUGAAGCGGUUCUGGCGCACCUACAUCCGGGGAGCGGACCAGCAGGCGGGAGGAGGAGGGGAGGAGAAGCUGGGCAACGCCCCGACGCUGGUGAUUAGUGGCGCGGCGAAGAUGGUGGCCGGCACGGUGACAUACCCGUAUCAGGUGGUGCGGAGCAGGCUGCAGACGUACGAUGCGGAGGAGAGGUUCGGGAGGGGGAUUCGGGGCGUGGUGGCUCGCGUCUGGAGGGAGGAUGGGUGGAGAGGCUUCUAUAGGGGGUUGGGGACGAACCUCUUCAAGGUGCUGCCGGCGACGUGGGUGACGUUCCUGGUGUAUGAGAAUGUGAGGUAUUACCUGCCUCUCUGGGCUAGAUGA